CGAUUCGAAAUUCUUUCAUAUUUUAAAUAUUAGCAACGUUCGUAUUUUCAAUUUCAUAUCUUUUUUCAACAGAAGCCAAUCAUACGCAAGAGCGACGCGUUAAGCUGAAAUAACAAUUUCAAUAUUUUCUAUCUGGUUCGAGUUUUCAGUUGCAAUUUAACUAAGCCCUUUCGCAUCUUUCAGCAUUUUCUCGAAAGUAUCGCGACGUGAAAAAAAGCAUAGAGUGCUUUCUUUAAUCUCGAAGCGUAUCCUGCGGCAAAUCGAUUGGAAAAAAAAGGAGAAAAAAGAAAGAAAGGAAGAAAGGAAGAAAGAAAGAAGGGAAUCAUCGAUUCAUUCGUAACUGGUAAAGUGCUUGAAAGUGGAAAAUCGGUCAUAUCCCCGCGGACAAAUCGAUAAUACCUGAUAUCAUAAUUAAUGUAAUGUAUCUGUGGUAAUAGGAACAUGAUGACGGUGAAUGCAGAUACGUACAGUUUCCUUUAUGUGCAAACAUUGCGUAAAUUGAUAAGGCAAUUAGCACGUAUAGUCUAUAGAGGCAACGUUGGUUGCGUCGUUGACACGAUCUCUCACGGCCGUGAAAGAAACCCUUCGACCUCUUGUAAUUACGCGUGACACAUACGAUCGAUACCAGCUGUGCUAUUUCGACCGUUCACCGAAAUGGAAUGAAAGAAUUUCUCUUAAUUUCUUCGUCAAAGAAAUGUUCCUUUUCGAGAAGAGCGAGUAUAAUUAACGUGAGGGAUAUAAACUGACGAAUUAACGGAUGCCAUAUUACCAGUACUCGUACGGAUAAUUUAAACGCUCAUGCGGAUUCUCUACGCUCGAACAAAUUAUAAACGUUGAUCCCUUUGAGAACCGCUAAAUUAUCGCUUCUCUAUCUAACUUUCCACAGUUUAUUCGGGCACGCGAUCCGUAGAGCAAGGUACUCCGAUUAACGUUUAUUUUAUCAUCUUGUCAACACUUUGGUAGGACAGAGAAAAGGCUACGCCGUAUAAAAAUUAAAAAUUAAUGCCGCCGUUGACGGUAUGCUCUGAGAAAUGUAACUGCAUUUUUAAAGACGAGAACACGAUACUGCGUGAACUAUGUAUUUACUGUUAGCCUUCUUUCAUUCUGAAAACCGAAAGACGCAAUGCGCGAUAUUACGUGCGACUUAAUGCUCCUUACAAAUUCAAAAUUUGCUAUAGAUAUUCUUCGUCCGACAAGAAGAAAAAUAGAAACGAUAUCGUUAGCUUCGUACUAAUCGAUAUUUCACGGCACGAUUACUCGACUUGCGAUCGACUGGAUUUCAAGUUCGAAGGAGAUACGAUAAUUAUGUCACGUAGCAGUAAGUAGGUGGAUCGUAUUUCAGAUAAUUAUAUGUAUGCGUUCGAGGCGAAAGAUCCCAGCGUUUGGAGAUCGUACGACGACGACAAGAAAAGACAGGCUAAUUACAGGAGAAGGAUUAAAAGAAAAGAAGAAAAAAAUUAUGCGCUGAAUUAACAGUCACGUGUCAUUACUUAAAAUAUUCCAAACGAUAAAGGAAAGCAAGAAAGAGAAGCUACCUUCUUUAAUUUAUUUUAUAUUUUUUUUUUUUUUGCGAUACUUUCACGUUGUAAAAUUCGAUCAUAAAUUUAUUAGUCGAUGUUUCUUACUAGAUAUAAUCUUAUAAUUAAAGUUUAUAAAUAAGAAACUCUCCUAAGCUCUAAUUGUAAUAAUAAUGCAAGAGAUUAACGAGAGUUUAUAUAGCACGACGAAAGGCGUUAGAAACUCACCCGACUCGUUAAAGCAUCAUCAUCCUAGAGAUAGUUCACAGCUUUCAGUUAUGAUCGAAAUUUUGAAAAGAGCUUUGAUCUUGAUUCUUCCCAUAGAGAUUCGCGUUUUUGAAUGUUCUUCCUCGUAUAUACCAUACCGGAGGGAGAUGAAACGAUGAAAAGACAUUGCAAGAUCCACGAUUUACACCAAGGAGAAUGAGAAGAAUGAAAAAGAAAGGAAGAAAGGAAGAAAGAAAGAAAGAGAGAAAGCAAGCGAAAGGAGAACUUUGAUAGUUGUAGAAUCGAAGCUCUGUUCGUUCGUUCGACGAAGAGACGCUCGUAAAGCUUGCGUUUACAGUCGAGAAAGAGCCACUCGAGAAGCUCCUUGGAGUCACUCGUUAAGUUCAUUAAUGUGGAAAAAAGAAAACGAGAUCGGUCUUUGCUUUUCGUGUCGCCUAAGGAAGUGCAGAAGGAAGAAGACGAAGGAUGCAAUAGAGUUAGGUCGAGAUAUUUACUCAGGUCCUGAACACGAUUCCUUUUUAAUCAUUUCUCUUUGCUAUCCCUUUGGACCACGAUGAGAAAUGAUAAGAGACCUCGACAGUUCCCUUCCAAGCGUAUUUACUGUAUUAUCGCUACAUCUUGCAACGUCUAUUAUUUGCCGGAAAGCGAAAGGAGAACACGAAGAGGAGGAAGAGAAGGAAGAGGAGAAAAAGGAAAACAAAGAAGAUGAAGAAGGAGCAGAAGAGAUCGUCGAGAUUUUAAGACAAGAUUCAAGACGUUGCUUUCUCCGUCGUCGUCGUCGUCGUCGUCGUCGUCGUCGUGGUCGUCGUGGUCGUCGUCGUGGUCGUCGUCGUCGUCGUAGUCGUUAAAACUUAUACCGUAGCUUACCGCAACUAGUAGGAAAUACAUUCUAAAAGCGAUUAAAGGAAAAUGUAUAUUCCCUGGGUAAGAUUUCGAGAAGAAAUAGAAAAGUGGAGGAGGAGGAGGAGGAGGAAAAAACGAUGAAAGGAAGGAAAUAUUUUUUGAGGUGUUGCUACUUCUCGAUUGUUUUAUCACGUCCAAGUAUUCUUCAUCGAACUGGAACGAAGAUUUUCUCUCUUUUUAUAUCUUUUUCGUUCAGGGAUCAAAAGAUUAGUGGUUCGUGAUGAUGGACGCGUGGAAAUAACACACGCUAAAUCCGUCAAAAAGUAAAAAGCUGCGCAACAAGAUUUGGCCUCUUCGCGUGAAAACGCUACAACCCUUUUUAAGAUGCCACUUCCCACGGUCAUUAAAACUUGCGAAGGCGACACGAACAAAUAAAUGACGACCAAACAUAAAAAUCAAAAGAAAAUGAAUUCAGGAAAACAAAUAUUAAGUUUAAUCCAUCGUUUUAUUGAGUUCAUUGCUAAGGGUAUAUUUACAUUAGCAGCUUAUAUUGGUGGCCCAGUAGAAUCUCAACCACCUAUAAAGGAUUUGACACUUUUACAUAAUGCAACCACAUUAGCUUUUAAAAUUAGGAAUAAACAAUUAUCUUCCGAAGAAGUAGUAAAGUCAUACAUUGACAGAAUAAAAGAAAUUCAGCCAGUAUUAAAUUGUGUAGUUGAAGAACGCUUUGAAGAAGCGCUCAAAGAAGCUAAACAAUGUGAUGAAAUGUUGAAAUCUCCCAAUGCACCAUCCGUACAAGUACUUGCCAAAGAGAAACCUUUCUUCGGUGUUCCUUUUACAACCAAGGAUUGUAUCGCUGUUGCUAAUAUGAAGCAAACAGCUGGUUUGAUUCUUCGUAAAGAUUUUGUCUCUGAGAAAGAUGCAGAGGUGAUAAGACUGAUGAGAGCAGCAGGAGCUAUACCAUUAGCGUCGACCAAUGUCUCAGAACUUGCAAUGUGGUGGGAAGCACAUAACCGUUUGUAUGGUACCACCAGAAAUCCAUACAACACAAGACAUAUAGUAGGUGGUUCUUCUGGAGGUGAGGGCUGCAUACAAGCAGCAGCUGGUUCACCAUUAGGAAUAGGAUCAGAUAUUGGUGGCUCUAUUCGCAUGCCAUGCUUUUUCAAUGGAAUUUUUGGUCAUAAACCUUCCAAAGGCAUUGUUUCAAACGAUGGUCAAUAUCCAAGUGCCCAUAGCGAGGAUCAAAAUCAAUUACUUGCAAUAGGUCCUAUGUGUAGACAUGCACAGGAUAUGAAACCUAUUCUUAAAAUACUUGCUGAUAAGAAUGCAGAUAUAUUGAAUUUAGAUGAUAAAGUUGAUAUUUCAAAGAUCAAGUUUUAUUACAUGGAGGACGACGGAGGGCAAUACUUUGUGUCCCCUGUAGAUCAAGAAAUAAAAUGCGCUAUGAGAAAAGUGCUGCUUCAUUUUGAAAAAGCAUAUAAAAUAAAAGCCACGAAAAUACAUGUGCGAAAAUUUAAAAAAAGCAUUGCUCUAUGGUUAGCGAAUAUGACGUCUAAAGAUAACAAAGAUUUUUCGUACGAAUUAUCCAAUCGGAACGGAAAUAUAAAUAUUUUAUGGGAAUUUGUAAAGUGGUUAAUGUUCCUAAGUAAUCAUACUUUAAUUGCUCUUCUAACUGCAACAUUUGAGAGGUUUGGUAUAAAACAUGGGAGUGAGCAAUACACAAAACUUAUACAAGAAAGUAAAGACCUUUACCAAGAAUUCAAGGAUAUUUUGGGAGAAGAUGGUGUUUUCUUGUAUCCGACUCAUCCUACGGCAGCGCCAUUACAUCAUGAGCCACUUAUAAAAGCAUUUAAUUUUUCGUACACUGCAAUUAUUAAUGUUUUGGGCUUGCCAGCUACAGCUUGCCCGUUAGGAUUAAAUAAGCAAGGACUUCCUAUUGGCAUACAGAUUGUUGGUGGUUUAAAUCAAGACCGUUUAACGCUUGCCGUUGCUGAGGAAAUUGAAAAAGGAUUUGGAGGUUGGGUUCCUCCAGUCAUCGUAGCUUAAAAGUAUGGGUAUUUUAGACAAUAAUAAUGGAGAAUGCAUUGAAAUGCAUUAACAUACCAAAUCCUGCCUUUCUCAGCUCUUGAACCAUUCAAAUCUUCACAAGGAAAGA